ACAAACCACUCAGCAAACAGAAAAACAGGGCAAAUCAGACAUGAACCAAACAGAAUUUCCCACCAAUAUACGUAUACUUGUCACAACACCUAUAUCAUGCAAGAGUUCAGAAGCCAAACCUCGAACCGAACUCUCACUUCCUCGAAAAUCCGCCUUGGCUCAAAAAUGAAGAUCACUUCACCUGUGACAAGAAACAGCAUGUUAGCCAUUGUGCUCGUGUGCGUUCUGCGCAGCGUUUGCACAGACGCGAAGCCAACGGGGGAAGUAACGGUGAUGGAGAGGAGAUACAACACCUGGCUGAAGCAACAUGGGAAAACAUACUAUAGCAAGGAUGAAUGGAACAUGCGAUUUGGAAUCUACCAGUCUAAUCUUAAGUUCAUAAAUUUUGUAAACGCGCAGAAUCUUUCUUACACACUAACUGACAAUGAGUUUGCAGACAUGACAAGCUUUGAGUUCCAGACCACCUACUUGGGUUAUAAGAGCCGAGGGCGUCAGCUACCAGACAAUCAGCAACAUAGCUUCGAAGUCGAUAACCAUGCUGUGCCAUCUAGCAUAGACUGGAGGAGGAAAGGUGCUGUGUCAAGUAUCAAGAAUCAAGACUCUUGUGGUAGUUGUUGGGCGUUUUCGGCGCUAGGAGCAGUAGAAGGAAUCAACCAGAUCAAAACGGGGGAAUUGCUAUCAUUGUCCCCACAAGAGCUUGUGGACUGUAGUUUAGGCAUUGAUAACCAUGGUUGUAGAGGUGGAAUCAUGGAAAAAGCGUACGAAUUCGUGAUGCUAAAUGGUGGCAUAAGUUUAGAAGCAGACUACCCAUAUAAAGGGAGACAGGGCAUAUGUAACCCAAUCCUAGCAAGAAAGAUAGCAGCAAGCAUAACCGGCUAUGUUCGAAUACCUGAAAGGAACGAGACGGCCAUGAAAGCUGCAGUGGCUCGUCAACCAAUUGCAGUAGCCAUUGAUGCCAGCGCAUCCGAGUUUCAGCUGUACGCUGAUGGAGUAUUCACCGGAUCCUGCGGGAAAAAGCUUAACCAUGGGGUUUUGCUGGUGGGCUAUGGCGAAGAUAAGGGUGUGGGGUAUUGGAUUGUGAAGAACUCGUGGGGAAUUGGUUGGGGUAACAAAGGAUAUAUGAAACUGCAUCGUGGAUCUUCUGACAGGAGUGGUGUUUGUGGCGUUGCCAUGGAAGGCAGCUACCCUGUCAAAGAUUUCUGAGGUAUCUAGCCGUGUUGGAAGGAUUUGUUUCAAAAUGACUAUGGAUGCUCAGAAUAAAGUUCAUAACAAUGCUAGCCUAUUUUAAGACAUUUAUUCCUAAAUUUGUUCAGACAUUAUUCAAAAUGCAAAUCUCUGUAUCUUGGUAUAAAUAAAAGUCAAUGUUUUAGCAUUUA